AGCCCGGCCGAUGCCAAGCGCGGGGCCAGGCGCCGGAAGAACAAGCGCGGCGGCGGCGGCGGCUCGGGCGGCGGCCACGGCGGCGCGAGCGGCGGCAAGGCCGGCCCGGCGGCAGCGCUGCGCGGCCCUCAGGCUCCGGGCCCCAGCGGUGCGGCGGGCCUGCUGGGCGGCGCAGCGGCGGCCCACGGGCCCCUGGGCGCGGGCGGCGCCGCCGGAGGCUACUUUGAGACUCCUUUUAGUUUUGGCAUGAAUCAUAGGACACCACCCUACCCCGCUGGGGAUUAUUGUCUUCUGUGCAGAAGUGAACGGAAAGACCCUUCAUUCUUAGAGAGUGGAGUUAAGACUGCGAGCAAAUUGGCCCUUUCCAUGGCUCCCAAGGGCAACAGCGUGCUGCACCUGCCGCUGUGGGUGUGCCCGGACUGCCGGAGGACUGUGGAGAAGGAGGAGAGGCACGGCGGCCUUGACCAGCCGCAGGGCCAAGAUUUUCUGCUUCACUCACCACUGGGGGGCUCCCAGCCUGAGACUGGUGGCACAGGGAGGCUGGCUCUGGGCACACAGACACUGCCCUCUGCAGGCCUGGGCGCCGCGCCCUCGGAGGCUGCCUGCUCCUGUGAAGCCUGCAGCGAGCGCAGAGAAAUUUCGGCAGAGAUGGAUCGGGAACCUCAACAGCUGCAGAACUACUGGUCAGAAGUGCGCUACAUGGUCCGCUGCAUCUACCGCCAGGCGGGGACACCAUUGGCAGACGACCAGGACCAGUCCCUGGUACCCGACAAGGAGGGAGUGAAGGAGCUCGUGGAUAGGCUUUGUGAGCGGGACCCCUACCAGCUAUACCAACGGUUGGAGCAGCAAGCCCGCGAAUAUGUGCUGGAGAUGAAGGUUCGCCUGCUUCGGCAGUUGUCAGCUGCGGCAAAGACAAAGGCGCCAUCUGGCCUGCAGGGCCCACCACAGGCACACCACUUCAUUUCACUUCUCCUUGAGGAGUAUGGUGCUCUCUGUCAGGCCGCUCGCUCCAUCAGCACCUUCCUCAGCACUCUGGAAAAUGAGCACUUGAAAAAGUUCCAGGUGACAUGGGAACUGCAUAAUAAACACCUGUUUGAAAAUCUGGUCUUUUCGGAACCACUUCUCCAGAGCAACUUACCAGCAUUGGUGUCACAGAUCAGGCUGGGGACCACCACACAUGACACCUGCAACGAGGACACAUAUAGCACCUUGCUGCAGAGGUUCCAGCGCUCUGAGGAGGAGCUUCGCAGAGUCGCAGAGCAGUGGCUAGAGUGCCAGAAGAGGAUCGACGCCUACGUGGAUGAGCAGAUGACAAUGAAAACCAAGCAGCGCAUGUUAACAGAAGACUGGGAGAUAUUUAAACAAAGGCGAUUCAUUGAAGAACAGUUAACCAAUAAGAAAGCAGUUACUGGCGAGAACAACUUCACAGAUACCAUGAGGCACAUGUUGUCAUCCCGACUGAGCAUGCCUGACUGCCCCAAUUGCAACUACAGGAGAAGAUGUGCUUGCGAUGACUGCAGCCUCUCACACAUCCUCACUUGUGGUAUCAUGGACCCCCCCGUCACUGAUGACAUCCACAUUCACCAGCUACCACUCCAAGUGGAUUCUGCUCCCGACUAUCUCUCUGAGAUGCGCCCACCUAGCGUGUCCUCAGCAAGCUCAGGGUCAGGCUCCAGCUCUCCCAUCACAGUUCAGCAACAUCCCAGACUCAUCCUCACAGACAAUGGCUCUGCACCAACUUUUUGUAGUGAUGAUGAGGACGUUGCACCAUUGUCAGCUAAGUUUGCUGAUAUUUAUCCAUUGAGUAACUACGAUGAUACCGAGGUGGUGGCCAACAUGAAUGGGAUCCACAGCGAACUGAAUGGUGGUGGGGAAAACAUGGCCCUGAAAGAUGAGUCCCCUCAGGUGAGCAGCACCAGUAGUAGUUCUUCAGAAGCUGACGAUGAAGAAGUGGAUGGUGAGAGCAGUGGGGAGCCUCCAGGAGCUCCAAAGGAAGAUGGGGCCCUGGGAAAUGGGAGCCCCAGGACAGAGGAAAAUAAAGUGGACACUCCGCCCCCUACUUAUCCAACUCAGCAGGCUGAACAACCUCCAAAUACUUGUGAAUGUCAUGUUUGUAAACAAGAAGCCUCUGGACUGACAGCAUCAGCCGUGACAGCUGGAGCCCUUCCUCCUGGCCAUCAGUUCCUGAGCCCGGAGAAGCCCACACCCCCUGCACUGCACCUGUACCCCCACAUCCAUGGACAUGUGCCUCUGCACACAGUCCCACACCUGCCUCGCCCUCUCAUCCACCCGACCUUGUAUACAGCACCCCCCUUCGCACACAGUAAGGCUUUACCGCCAGCACCUGUUCAGAAUCACACAAAUAAGCAUCAGGUAUUCAAUGCAUCUCUUCAAGACCAUAUUUAUCCGAGCUGUUUUGGGAAUACUCCAGAGUGGAAUAGUUCUAAAUUUAUAAGUCUUUGGGGAUCAGAAGUGAUGAAUGAUAAGAACUGGAAUCCUGGCACUUUCUUGCCAGAUACAAUUUCUGGGAGUGACAUAUUAGGGCCAGCACUCUCGGAAGCAAGCCCUGGAACCCUUCCACCUCCAUCUAGCAACGAGGCACCUGCAGUUUCGGAUAGUAAAGAGAAAAAAAGUGCUGCAAAAAAGAAGUGUUUGUACAAUUUCCAAGAUGCUUUUAUGGAAGCAAACAAAGUUGUCAUGGCCACCUCCUCCGCCACGUCCUCUGUGUCCUGCACAGCCACCACGGUGCAGUCAAGCAACAGCCAGUUCAAGGUGUCGUCCAAGAGACCCCCUUCGAUAGGUGAUGUCUUUCAUGGCCUCAGCAAGGAGGACCACAGACACUCAGCACCUGCUGCCCCAAGGAACAGCCCCACAGGCCUGGCCCCGCUUCCAGCCCUCUCUCCUGCUGCACUCUCCCCAGCCUCCACACCUCACCUUGCAAAUCUUGCAGCCCCAUCAUUCCCCAAAACUGCAACCACAGCUCCUGGGUUUGUGGACACGCGUAAGACCUUCUGCCCCGCCCCUGUGGCUCCCCCACCCUCCACCACAGAUGGCUCCAUCAGCGCCCCUCCCAGCGUCUGCAGUGACCCUGACUGUGAAGGGCACCGCUGCGAGAAUGGCGUCUAUGACCCACAGCAGGAUGAUGGGGACGAGAGCGCAGAGGAGGACAGCUGCUCUGAGCACAGCUCCAGCACCUCGACGUCCACCAACCAGAAAGAGGGCAAGUACUGUGACUGCUGCUACUGUGAGUUCUUCGGACACGGCGGGCCUCCUGCUGCACCCACAAGUAGAAAUUAUGCUGAAAUGCGGGAAAAGCUUCGUUUGCGGCUGACCAAGAGGAAAGAAGAACAGCCGAAAAAAAUGGAUCAGAUCUCAGAACGAGAAAGUGUUGUUGACCACCGAAGGGUAGAGGAUUUGCUGCAGUUUAUAAACAGCUCAGAGACCAAGCCAGUAAGCAGUACUCGGGCGGCCAAGCGCGCAAGGCAUAAGCAGAGAAAGCUGGAGGAGAAGGCACGUCUGGAAGCUGAGGCCAGGGCACGGGAGCACCUGCACCUCCAGGAGGAGCAGAGGCGGCGAGGGGAAGAGGAGGAGGAGGAGGAAGAGGAGGAGGAACAUCAUUUCAAGGAAGAAUUUCAGCAGCUUCAAGAGCUUCAGAAGCUAAGAGCUGUAAAGAAGAAGAAGAAGGAAAGGCCGAGUAAAGACUGUCCCAAACUGGACAUGCUUGCUAGAAACUUCCAGGCAGUGACAGAGUCUGUCCCUAGCUCUGAAAACAUUCACAAUGGCUCAGUAGAGCAAACUGAAGAACCAGAAACCUCAUCUCUCUCCCCUUCAAGACAUGUGAACCACUCAGAGCCCAGGCCAGGGCUGGGAGCUGAUGGGGAUGCUGCAGACCCCAUCGAGGCCACAGACUCCAAGCUCUUCCUCCCCAGGGAGGUCAAUGGGAAGCAGCAUGAGCCACUGGCUUUUUUCUUUGACAUGAUGCAUCACCAUAAAGAGGGAAAUGGGAAACAGAAGCUAAAGCAGACCAGUAAGGCCAGUAUUGAGCCAACAAGGAAGCCCACGGAGCUCCCCAAAGCCACAGAGGGACAGCCCAAGCCCCGGGUCCAGACUGAGGCAAAGGCUAAAGUGGUUGACCUCACUUCCCUCCCAGAGCAGAAAAGAGAAGAGAGAAAAGUCAAUAGUAAUAACAAUAACAAAAAACAACUGAACCACGUCAAGGAGGAAAAGUCAAACCCAGCCCUCCCAGAACCCUCCUCUCCCAGCCAGCUUCAGCAGAAUGGGCGGCUGAUACUGGCAGAUUCUCCCCAGCCAAAGGGCAAGAACAAGAAAAGUAAGAAGAAGAAAGGAGAGAGAGCCAGCAGUUCAAUUGAUGAUGUCUUUCUGCCUAAAGAUAUCGACCUGGACAGUGUGGAUAUGGAUGAGACAGAGAGGGAAGUGGAGUAUUUCAAAAGGUUCUGCUUGGACUCCGCCAGACAAACCCGACAGAGACUGUCCAUCAACUGGUCCAACUUUAGCUUGAAAAAAGCCACUUUGCUGCCCACUGAACAAGGACCACCUGGAGAGGGACACGCGGGAGGAGGUCAGGCUACGCCACCUCAAGAGCUGAGCCCCUCGCCGGCCCCCCAGAGCUGCGGUGCCCACCCAGGACAGGGCAGGGCAGGGUCCCGCAGCCUGAGACCCAGACCGAGAACUUGCUGCUCGACCCGCGUUGUAGCUCGUGUGCGUGUAGUCUGCAAUUUGCAGAACACUCACAUGGAGCUGCCUCCUGGUUGCCGUCUAACGUCCCUUCACCUCCUAGAGCACUGCAUAGCUCCCUCGUCUCCCAACCUCUUGGCAUCUGGAGGCCACAGGGCUGGGAGAGGCAGGCGGAGGCAGGGCUGCUGUGGUCGAGGAAGACAGACCCAGGAGCUGGCCACAAAGCUCCUGCACCAAGGUGGGAGGAAGAACAGCACAUCCCUUUGUUCAUAGGAGAUGGUUCAGCGAAGGGAGAAACAGGCUGGGCUGUGACCACGGCAGGAGAGUGCCCUUGGGGCAGGGACCCUGAUGCAGUCCCCUGGGGAUGCCGGCUUCGUCUCCUGGCUGAGGUGGGGGCUGAGUAGGGGCUGAGGGCUAGGCCUGCACUCAUAUGGGAGACCCCAAAUCCUGCCUGCCUAUAUGCCUGUUCUCCCUGUGGACAGUCUUGAAACUGUGCUGAGGGCCAGUCCCAGUUUGGGGCCUCAACUUAUCUUCUGUCCAGUGGAACCAUGCCAGCUGCUAAGAGGAACCACAGGGUCCCCCAGCUGUGACAUCAGGAGCCACUGGGAGCAUGAAUGGUAGAAGGAACUCUGGGUACCCCAACAUGGAGCACCACACUGAGGCCUGGAGUCAUGCCCAACUCCUGAGUACUCGCCGAGGUAUGGUGGUCACUUAACAGCCUCCCCAGCCCUGGCUCCACCAGCCUUUAGCCUACCCAUCUACACCUGUUCCCCCAGCAGUCAGACUUCCUGGCCAUUCCCUGCUGUUCUUCACCAGGAACAACUAUCCCGUUUCGCUGGAGGUCACUCACCCUUCAAGACAGUCCACAUGGUUCUUUGGGUCUUUCUUCAAGGGGGCACCACUCAACAGUGCCUGUCCUCAAGAACAAAAAGAAAUAGUGGGUGGAACCAGCCAGAAGACUCAGAACCAACUUGGGGGUCCAGAGGAGAGGGAAGAAGGCUCCUGAGGACAGCCCUUCCAUGACACAGCAUGGCCUGGCCAUUUGUCCUGCCCAUUGUGCCACUUACAUAUGAGGAACAGAGGCCCAAGGUGUUUACACUGCCUAGGGUGACUGCAGAUAGCUCCAGUGCUACUGUCUUCGACGGAGCCCUGGCCCGGAGGUGCCCCUGUUCUUGAUGAGAUUAGUCCCACUGGGCAGCCUGACAUUUUGACUCUUCCCUCUCACACAGUAUCACUAAUCAUGAAAUGAAAUAAAGUAACAAUAGCUAGAAAAUACCCUUAACAGUGGAAAAAUUUUAUUGAUCUUUUUACAUAUGUACUCAUGCCAUUAAAAUGAAACGAGCCAGGUCCAGUGACACCUGAGGUCCCAGCACUCAGGAGGCUGAGACCCAUGGAUCCCUUGAGCCCAGAAAUUCAAGAUGAGUCUGGCAACAUAGACCCUGUCUCAGAAGACAGUGUCAACAACAGAAAUUAAAAUCAAAAUGAAUUUAA